UGUUUCAAAUUCGAUGAACAUAUUAUUUUCAUACUAUGACUUGAUACUGUUGUUAUAUUUUUAUUUUAUAGAGUUCAUGCGCUGUUAACUACAACUUAAGUAUACACAAGGCUAAAGCAAUUGCAUAUUAAUGUAAACUUUAAACUUAGCAAUGACUAGGCUAAAGUCUGAAUCGGCUAAAAAGAAAUGAAUCUUGCUAAUUGCGUACUUACGUAUGUAGUAAUGCAACAGAAAUGUCUAGACGCUUGUUGUUAAUACUAGCAGCUUGUAUUGCAGUGUUACACUUUUCUAUAAUCAUUUUUAUGCUCAGUCCCCUGUACAGCACUAGAAGUUCCCUAUAUGGGACUAGGUACGUUUCUCGGUUUGGUUAUAAACAUCCCAGUGUUGAUUGGUGUAAGGAGCUGAAGUUGCGAAUUCCACCGUCUCAAAAUGUUGUUGCUCUUGUUUCUUAUCCUGGCAGUGGAAAUACUUGGUUAAGAUAUUUACUGCAGCAAGCUACAGGAAUAAUGACUGGGUCAGUAUACAUGGAUUAUGGUCUGAAACUACAUGGUUUUCCUGCUGAAAAUGUGACAGAUGGAUCGGUGUUAGUAGUCAAAACUCAUGAGACACCAACAACAAACAGGAAGUAUGAUUCUGCUAUUCUACUUAUCAGGAAUCCAAGAGAUGCUUUAUUAGCUGACUUCAACAGAUUACACAAAGGUCACAUUGGAACAGCACCUAAGUCUGCUUUCAAAAGAAAAUCAAAUGAACACAGAUCAAGUUGGUCAAAAUACGUAUCUGUGGAGUUGACGGGUUGGGAGAGCAUGCACAGGAUGUGGCUGACCACUUUCAAAGGCCCACUUCAUAUAGUGUUCUAUGAGACUCUGGUGCGGGACACACGGAUGACGUUGCAACGGACUCUUGACUUUCUCAACCACACCGUAGACGAAGAGGACAUGAGUUGUGCGUUGGCGUACAAAGAAGGCAUCUACAGACGAAAAAAGAAAUACAAGGACUUUGACCCAUACACACCAAACAUGUACGUAGCCAUACAAACUGUUUGGCACAACGUGCUCAAUAUGGUCAUAGACUACCAGAGAACUGUUCAGAAUGUUACUUACUAAUGAACCUAAUACAAAAUACUCAAACUGGAAAUCGAGUGAUAUCAAUCAAGUUUGCGAAAUAUUUUGUCGUGUCUAUAAAUAUAGAUUUCCGCGAUUUUACUGUAGGCCUUGGUAACAGAACUUGACGGUGAGCUAUAUCUAUGUUCAGGUGCGUAAACCCCCGUGGGUUCACGUCACUUGAUGAUGGACGGGCGGACUGUUCCUCUGAAUUUGAGGGUUUAUUGUUAUAACAGAACGAAUGGCGAACGUAGAUUUAUUGUUAUUUGACUUCAGUUAAUUCAAUGACACCGCUCAAAGUUCAUACUGCGGCUUACAUAAGUGGUAUGAUCCUAUAACGUAAAAGUAUUAUUUACAAGAAAAUAAUUUGUAUUACACAACUGAAUUUAUAUUUAGCAAUCACCGGUACCAGGUGGCAAGGGCCGCCAAAAUGCUAAUUGCGAUAAACGAUAAUAUAUAAGAGAAAAGUAUAAUAUUUAUGGCGCCUUUUAUGAGGCGUGGAACCGUCCCCAUGAAAAUGUAAAUCAAAGCCGAGAAAAUAAGUUACUACAUGCAUACAUACACUCAACACUGCCUUCUUCCCGUAGGAGUAGGCCGAGAUAACAGAACGUCACUUCGUCUACAUUAAUUACUAUUUUCAUAAAUGCUCGCCUGUCGCGCCUCUUUCGGCACAGUCUAGUCGUUAAUAUAGGCAUGCAGCGCUCCAUUCACAUAGUUUCCCUGAGUCACUCUCCUUUCAAUAUCUCCCUUCACAUCUUCAGUCUCUUGUAAACAUGCUAAAACAUGUUUUCAUUUUCGAUCCUGGCUCCUGAUCGGAGUGGCUGGCGUGGAAAUUGCUGGAACUAUAGCCUACAAAGAACGAAAUAGUGCUCUUUCCAGCCAUGCUACAUAAAAGUGGACUUUUCUACUACCCAAAGCACUUCCACACAACCCACGCAGCUUAUGCAAAGCGUCAUUGCGCUCAAUUAACCGGAGGUCACAGUUUAGCUUAGAAAAUAUUUUUAUGUAUUUAUGUUGUGACCAUGCACUAAAAAUGAUCCCGCGCAAGGCUAGGGCGGCACUACUUACAGAUACCUACGCCAUAUUUAGGUACCAAAUUUGGUUAAAAUCUAAACAUGGGUUUAACAACAAGAUUAUAUAUUUUGGUACCUAGCUAUAUUAGCACAAAUAGGAAUGAUGUUCCCUAAGUCGAAAACAAGUGCUCAUUUUAUAGCGGCAAUAACAAAAUCCUAUAGGUAAUUUUUGUAUGGACUAUAGUUACUAUUUAAUAUGGUUUAAGAUGAAUGUUGUAAUGUUCUAUUAUCUACACUCAUGCUUUAAAUCCUCUAUUAAAGAUUCUGAAACAGUUAGCUUAUUGCCAACAUUAAAUACCCAAUGUUCUAAUAACUAUUACAUCAUCCAAAAGAGUGUUGUAAUGUUGUACUGAAUUUCAUAACAACACUCGUAUGUUUUUUUUUAAUCCCUUCAUGCGCAAAGAGUUUCAACAGACAGCCACGUUCUUAUUACUCGAUGCGUGGUAUCUGUAUGAAUUUCAAAAAAAGAACAUUUUCGUUUACGCGCGUUCCACACUACCAGAACGUCGCGCGCCGUAAAAAAGUAGGUUAUUCGAAUCCCCGUCAUUUUUCUUCGAUAUUUUUAUUGUUUUGUUUACAAAAAAUGAGCGAUUCAUUUUAAACGCUGCAAAAGAACAUUAUAUUCGAGUGAAUUUUAAUUAUUGCACUAUACUAAAUGUAAAUUACUACUAAAAUAAAUAAUUGUUUCAUUAAUACUUAGUUUAUUUGUAUAUACUCAGUAAUGAACGAUAUUAGGUUACUACUAGGACUGGUGUUUUAAUGUUAGCAGUAAGCUAAAUGUUCCAGAAUCUUUUAGAGGAUUCAUAUUCUGGGUGUAGAUAAAGUCUUGUAUGCAACUGUUGAUAAUUAGGUAUUAAAACACUCAUGUAAUACUAUUAUCCACAUUCGUGUUUUAAUACCCCUUAUUACACAACAGUCGCAUAAAUAACUAUUAACGGCCUCAGUUUAUUAAGUGUUUGAAUUUCUAGUCAUUAAAUUAAUAACAAUGUUACUAUUUUCCAACGAUUGUGUAAAUAUGUUUAAUAGUUUCAUAAGUUUACAAUAUGUUAAUGUUUUGUAUUUUUUGUUACUUUAUAAUAAUUUUAAUAAACGUU